AUGGAUCACGAAACGCCCUCAAAAGUCAUCGAUGUGCAGGAGUAUCACAAGGACUUGGAGGGUAUCCACCUCAAAGUGAACGCCGUCAAAAAGGCGACUUUCACCGACACGCCAUCUAGCAAUGGGUCCAAGACGUCGAGCGGGAAUGGAUCACCAUCUCACACCCCAGAGGAGCGGCGAGAGCUGGCAAGAGAGCGUUGCGUACGCGCACUCAAGGCCGACCCGCUCUCGAGGCUCACAAUGAAUGCUGGACACACUCCGACCGUAUCCAUGUCCUUUGCAAGUACUGGUGCGACCAACACUGUCACCAGUAGCGGGUCCAAUACACCAACGCUGGUUAGUGGUGACGGGGCUAUCAGCUCCGAUGGGAACGACGGCAACGAUGGUCGCGAGUCUAAAGAGCCUGCUGAGCCGGUGGGGACCGCCAUUGACGAUGCCGACCAUGGCCCUGCCAUCAUGGAACCCUCAGAUGAGGACCCGGAACUCAAGGGCCCACUGACGCUGCGCAACAUACCUGCCAAAGAUGAGAUCUUCCUGCGAAAACUAGCAGACAAGCUCGAGAAGGUCGGCACUGGUGAGGACGCAACGCCAACCGUGCUGAAGGAUGCCGAGUACGAGAAGGGUGAGCCAAGUGCUCAAGCAGCACCCGCGCUCGCACCAGCAGAGGACAGCGACAGCGAAGAUGCCGAACCCGAAAUACCCCUCAAGCUGCGAGAGACGUCAAACUUUGGCAAGCCGCUUGGUUCGCUUUAA